CACUGAGGGAAGGUUUUUGAAGGAGUUGAAUGGAAGAUAAAUUCCAUGACAUAUGCGAGAUUACAUAUAUUCUUCAAUUAAAGAAGAUGUGAACCUGAAGUUCAAGAAAGAAGAUUGUACUAAGAUAUUGCAAAUAAAGUGCUCAUUAUGAAUUUUAUGUGUCAAUUGUAAACACUUUGAGUAAAAAAUUACUCCGUAAAAGACUAAUAAGGAAGUCAUGGGGAACUUCGAAAAAAAUUGUCCAAAUCACCCCACUCCUCGUUCACAAGAUCCUACUUCUGUUCGGCCAACACAGUCAGUCUGCUAUUGCGACGCCCACAAGCUCAAACCCACAUCAAUGGCGUCAAUUAACUUCAACCCUUUCAACGGCAACUGGUUCAGCAAACCUCCAAACCCUAUUAAAUUCGUCGAUUUCCACUCGCUUUUUCAUUCUGUAAACCCAUGUAAACUACGAGUGAAGAGUCCACCUUUUGCCGCUAUGUCAUUCCCCUUUUCCGGGAAGAACAAGGAGGACCAGCCUCCUGGGAAGUACGCCGAGAUGCUUGACCAGUUCUUCUGGGAGUGCGAGAACCUGCCGGACCACCGUCACUCCUCGGAAGUGGAGAAGAUCCUGAACGAGGAUCCGAUUUUCGAGAAGAAAGAGAACCCGACCAAAGAGGAGAUUGAGGAGAACGAGAGGUGGAUCGCUGAAUUAAAGGAUAGCCCGCUCCUGCAGUUCCUGGCCCGCACAGAAGAGAUCAAAGACGAGAUUAAUGAGCUUGAGCUUCGAGAGAAUUCCUCUCCUUACAGGAAAGAGGACAAGAAAUUGUGGCAGGAAGUCCCUAAUGUGAUUGGAUUGGAUGGAAGGCCUAUGCCUAGGAAAUCCAUAAAGACAAAAGAAGAGUCUGAUGAUAAAUUUUGGGAUUUUGCAAAGCAAUUCUUUUUUGGACUCUGGGGUUUCCGACAAAGGCCAUAUCCACCUGGGAGGCCCAUAGAUGUUGCACAGGCUAUCGGGUAUAAGAGGCUUGAAAAGCGGUAUUAUGAUUUUAUAAUGAAGACGGGUGGAUGGUUCUACAAGGACCGGUUAGGUCGUUCUAGGGGACCCAUGGAAUUAAUACAACUUAAGACUGCAUGGGCCGCUGGAAUCAUUGACAGGCAUACUUUCAUUUGGGGAGAGGAUAUGGAUGAAUGGGCUCCUAUUUCCAUGGUUUAUGGCUUGGAACGUGCUAUUGCACCCUGGGAAGUUAGGCUAGGGGCAGCUGCCACAGCAUUCCUCCACAAACUCCAGAAGGGCAUACCUCCUUGGGUCCCUCUCAAAGGGCACGAGGAGAAGACGUACAAACAGCUCCAAGACGAAGCAUACGAGAGCAAGAGCCGCGACUCGGCCGUUCUGGAAGCAAACGGCGGGGUGUGGCCCGGCGUAAGGACCCCGAGCCACGCCCUCUUUCUCUGGGCAAGUGGGUCCGAACUCACAUCCCUCCUGGAGGAGGACCACAUGCCCAACAAAUUCAUCCCAAAAGAUCUGAGGAUCGAAUUAUCGAAGGUCAUCCCGGGGCUGAGGCCCUGGGAGGUCCUCAGUGUGGAACAAGCAAUGGAUCAGAUCACAUACAGACGCGAGUGGUAUCGCGAGCCCCUCGGCACGUUCACCACGGGCCCACCCUACAUAUAUGACUGGAACAGAGACGUCCUCCAGGUGCUCGAUACCCUUGAGGACCUUAGUGAUAGACUGUACAGGAUGGCGAGGCAGAGCGUCCCUGGGUUUUCCACUGUGAUGAAGAUCGUGUCAAGGGAUAAAAGGGCCAGAAGGGAGAGGGUAAAGAAGGAAAUAGAAGCGAAUAGGAUUGCUGAGCUUGAAACUGAGCUCAUUGGUCGCCCUUUCACUAAACAGAUUGUUGACAGCAGUAAAAAAUCUACUACUACUACUACUACCAGGUGAAUUUUUGGAGUGUUUUUGUACUGUGGAGAAAGAGUUAACUUUUACUAGUCUUAGCUCUUAGAUGAAGUGUAUUUUGCUGGUCCAAAAGGCUUCUGAGCUGUUGGAGUUAUUGUAACGUAAAACAUUAUUUGUAGCAACUGAAUUCCCUCCUCGAAAAUGUGCCCAACUUUUUCAUUUAUGCUCGUGAAUAUCUUUAUUCAUUUCCCUAAAUUUUCCUAACUUUUGUGAAAAAUAUCACUUAUCUUAACUUUUUUCAUUCGUCUCAAAAUAAAGUUGCAGUUCAUUA